AGUAUAAUUUAUGGCAAUAAGAAGGGGAACGACACGAAACACAAGGGGUUCAGUUCCUGAAAAUGAAGGAACCUUAAAAUGAAGGUUUUGAAUCAACGCUACAGAUGACACUGCUUUGUGAUUAUUUGACCUGCAUUUACUUGAAAUUAUUUAAAGGAAUAGAGAGGCUAAGAAAUUCAACUGGAUGUUAAAUUCCAUUUACUGUAAGUGAUCAUAUCAGGGUGAAUCUCAAAAUGUCUAAGAGAGAACAUGGUUUGUGUUUCAGUAAAUACCGUAGUUUGACCUCAUGGCUGCUCUACUGCUGUAUUUUCAUCAGUCUUGUAAAUGGAUACUCAGUAAAGAACUGCACUGUUAGAGGGUCUUUAAAAUAUGCACAAAACAUAAAUGUGUUUUGUGAUAAGAGGUCCCUGCAUUUCGUACCAAGGAAUAUACCGGACAAAGCCACAUAUUUGGACAUUUCAAAUAAUGUCAUACAGAAGAUAAUCAAGGAGUAUUUCUCUCAACUGUCUAAUCUUAAAAGUCUUAAUGCACUACACAAUAAGAUCCGGGAAGUGGAAGAAGGAGCAUUCAGCAGUUUGGUGGCUUUGCAGGAGUUAAAUCUGGCCUACAACAAGCUGACAAAUAUCUUGGGAGGAAUGUUUCAGAAUCUGGGAAAUCUCACUGUCUUACAUCUAAAUGAAAACUCGAUCACAAAUAUUCACUUCUCUGCAUUUUCACCCCUGGUCAGUUUAAGAAAAGUUAAUCUGUCCAGAAAUCAUCUGAAGAAAAUCAGCAAAGUUCAGCCUCUCUUUUUAUUACCACAAUUACAGGAACUGCACAUUGGGAGUAAUGGCUUCACCUUUUUUCAGACCUCGGAGCUGUCCAACAUAUCUGUGAGACUACAAGUUCUGGAUUUAUUUAAAAAUCCUUUGAAAGUGUUCAGUAUCACUGCCGAUAUUUUCCCUCACCUUGAUAAUUUGGUCUUGGCUUUUAUUACUGGAAACAUGACGUGGGAUGUACAGGACAAAAGAUAUCUACAAAGUGUGAAACAUCUAAAUUUAAGUGGAAUACAAUUGCCCUUGGAGAAGAUCAAAGAUCUCAUACAAACCUUCAACUCUUCAUUGGCCAGCCUGAGGUUACACUUUCUGGGGGAUAUAAAAGUGAGAGCUUUGAUAAGAGACGUCUGCCUGAUUUCAUCUUUGAAAUUUCUAGGCUUGCAGUGGAACAAUAUUACAUCCAUAUCAAAAGACGAGAUGCAGUUCUGCACACAGUUAACUGAGCUUGAUCUCUCUAAUAACAAACUAUACAGUGUCCCUGCUGUCAUCAGCAGCCUACCAGGUCUUCGUUUUUUGGACCUCACCUUCAACAAUAUAAAGAACAUAAGUAGUGUUGAUUUUGCUAACUUAACCCAAUUACAGACCCUUCAGAUCUAUAGCAAUGAAAUAUCUUUUAUUGAGGAAUUUGCUUUUAAACAUCUGAAAAACAUAACAACUCUAAUGAUUGGAUCUAACAGACUCUCUCUCAACAGAUAUUUUAAAAGAGAUCUUCAAAAACUUGAGAUUUUGGAUCUAGCAAAUAACAAGCUGGACUCUGUCCGUAGGGGACAUUUUGACUCCUUGAAUUCACUUAAGAAUUUGUCUCUACCAGACAAUCAAAUAUCAUUUAUUGAAGCAGGGUCCUUUAAUGAACUGACCAAUUUAAUUUUCCUGAAUUUGCAAUCAAACAAGCUCUCUCAGCGUUCAAUAAAAGCUUCUGUGUUUUCCAAACUCCCAAACCUGAAAACACUUCUGCUGAACAAUAACUAUAUUUCAUAUAACAGUCAAGAGCCUCUUGAACAACCACCCUUUCAAUAUCUGAAAAAGCUAAAGACUCUGAACAUUUUUAGCCAAGGUCAUAAAGGAAUGCUUUAUUUACCUUCAAACCUUUUCAAGGGAUUGUGGCAUUUGGAAGAACUUCAAGCAGAGAAUCUUAAUAUAAAUUCUUUACAUCCAGAUACAUUUACUUAUACUCCUUAUCUGUGGGUACUGGAUCUUAGCAGAAAUGAUUUUAUUUUACUCACAACAAAAAUAUUUCUGCCACUUCAUGUCCUAAAGACACUCCACCUGUCUAAAGUUGGCUUGCAAUCUUUGGACUUUCUUAUAAAUGCAAAUCUUAGUAAACUACAUCUGUUGCAUGUAAGCAAGAAUGCAUUAUCAGUCAUUAAUGAGACAGUGAUCCAGUCUUUUCCAACAUUGAUUUACCUUGAUCUACGAGGCAAUUAUCUCUCAUGUGACUGUACCAAUGCCUGGUUCGUCAACUGGACCAUUAGUAGCAAUGACACAGAAGUUGAAAGUGCUUAUGAACUCACAUGCAAUUACCCAGACAAACUCAAAGGACAUAAACUCAUGGAUCUUAAUAUAGGUUCAUGUAAUGUAGAUGUUGGGUUUUUCUGUUUCAUUUCCACUGCCACACUAGUCUCUGUGACCCUUCUUUGCACUUUUCUCUUUCACUUCCUCAAAUGGCAGGUUAUUUAUGCUUACUACCUUUUUCUUGCUUUACUCCAUGAUAACAAACAGCAGAGAAAGCCCAAUGGUUUGCAGUAUGAUGCUUUUAUUUCCUAUAACGUUCAUGAUGAAUUGUGGGUAAUGAGGGAACUGUUACCUCAGUUGGAAGGCGAGCAAGGCUGGAAGUUGUGUCUGCAUCACAGGGACUUUGAACCAGGCAAACCAAUCAUGGAUAAUAUUGUUGAUGGCAUUUAUAGUAGUCGAAAAACCAUCUGUGUGAUUAGCCGCCACUACCUGGAAAGUGAGUGGUGUUCCAGAGAGAUCCAAAUUGCUAGUUUCCGUCUCUUCGAUGAGAAAAAAGAUGUUCUCAUCCUGGUAUUCCUGGAGAAUAUUCCAAGUCACCAACUGUCUCCGUACUACAGAAUGAAAAGACUAAUCCAGAGGAAGACAUAUCUCAGCUGGCCUAAACCAGGAGAGGACACCAGGGUCUUCUGGCAGAAGCUGAGAAUAGCUCUGGAAACCAAAGGCAACUCAGAAAUGGAGCCUCACAUUGGCUGGGAUUUAGGGGUCAACUAGCUGUAUAUAACUGAGGAAAAUAUUCUGCCAACUUUGUUGUUUAACUGCUUUUAUCUUUAUCUAUAUCAUUUUUUUCCUUCCUUUGUAGAGCAUUAUUGAUUGCAAUUAUUUCUUAUUUACCAAAUACAUGUAUUUGUGGUUAAAUCAGGGAUUUAAUAGUUUAUAUCUUUUCAUUAACAGUAAUUUUUUUUUGUCAUUGUUUAAUGAGAAUUCAUUUGUUUUGAUACUGUAUGCAAUCUGGGUCACCAGAAGUCAUAUCAUGACUAAUGUAUUGUUAAAACUCUAUAAAUGACAGACGUCUUUGAUGCAGAAAUGCAUGUUGAAUUAUUCUAUUCAAAAUCUUGCAUUAAAGUGACAUGACCCAUA